AUGGCCCUCCAUGGAAUCCUUGGCCUCCAAAGCCAGACCAAAAGCCACAUUACCCUCCCCAUCCCGAGUUGUGACGUCGCAUUAAGCGUGAGAAUCCCAUGUGGAGGUCCUGAUGUCUCUGCUGAUGGAUGCAGAGCCAUAAACUGCUGCUUUGAAGGCCAACAUUGCUACUUUGGAAAGGCAGUGACCGUUCAGUGCACCAAGGACGGCCAGUUCAUUGUUGUAGUGGCAAGAGAUGCCACUCUGCCCAACAUUGACCUCGAGUCAAUCACACUAUUGGAACAAGGUACUGGCUGUACGCAUGUGGACUCUAAUUCAGCCUUUGCCAUCUUUAACUUUCCUGUUACCGACUGUGGCUCCACUGUGAUGGAGGAGCCUGGUGUUAUAAUCUAUGAGAACAGAAUGUCCUCCUCAUAUGAAAUGGGAGUUGGGCCUCUUGGAAUCAUUACCAGGGACAGUCAGUAUGAAUUGCUCUUCCAGUGUAGGUACAUCGGCACCUCUGUUGAAACUGUGGUUGUAGAAGUAUUGCCAUUACUGAAUCCUCCUCUACCAGUUGCUGGUCUGGGACCCAUCAGAGUAUACCUGAAGUUGGCUAAUGGACAAUGCAGUGUAAAGGGUUGUAAUGAAGUGGAUGUGGCCUAUACCUCGUACUACACGGAGGCUGACUAUCCUGUGGCCAAAGUACUGAGGGACUCUGUAUACGUGGAGGUUCAUCUCCAUGAAAAGACAGAUCCCAACCUUAUCCUGACUCUUGGUCGCUGCUGGACAACCACAAGCCCCAACCCUCACAGUCUGCCCCAGUGUCCAUACAAGGAUGAUAACUACUUGACCACACUGGUUCCAGUCGGUCCCUCCUCUGGUCUGGACUUCCCCACUCACUACAGACGUUUCUUCUUCAAAAUGUUUACCUUUUUGGACCCCAAUUCAAUGGCACCCCUGAGGGAACAGGUGUACAUUCACUGCAGUACAGCUGUGGUCACUGCUUCAGCGGGCUACUAUGAACCAGUAUGCUUCGGAACAACCAAGAUCAAAAACAAGAGAGAUGUCACGGCUGUGGACCAGAGAAAGACUGAGCCGAAGGUUGUGGUUUCUGUGGGACCAGUCAACAUGGGUGCCUCUGCGGAAUAA